AGUCUUAUGCUUAUCCCUAAUUGGAGUGUUUGAUUUGAAGACGGAGAAGAAGGGGAUGAUGAAGAAAGUGAAAGAGGAUGAACCCAUUUCAAAAAUACCCUCCGCCAUGUUGUGGGAAAUUCUGGGCAGAGUUCCCAUCAAUACAUGUUUAACUUGUAAGCUUGUUUGCAAAGAAUGGCACAAAAUCAUCGUCGCUCCAGAAUUUUUUCUUUCCGCCGCCACCGUAAUUCCCGAUUUACCCUCUUGUUUCGAAAUGGUUGGGGUACCCGUGAGAGGUUGGUUUGUAAUUUGGUUGAGAUUGAUAAGGCAUUAGAUGUUGAUGAUUUGGGUGAACAUAUAGUGGGCGUUGAUCAUGUGAUUAGGGUCGAACCAGGAAGUCGCGUCUCGGAUAAAAUGUGGUAUUUGAUGUCUCUUUGCAACGAGGUUGUUUGUUUCCAAAGCGACGCAUGCGAUGACUUCUUCACAGUCAAUUUCUUCUCGGGCCAACUUGUGAAGUUACAAAAUACACAUCAAGUGGUGAGUGAAUCUUUGUAUGAACUUGGCUGUGAAGUGGGGUGCUGCCCGGUGUCAGGCCAAUUCAAGGUUCUCUUUUUGUUUAGGGACGAUACCAAUAAGACCAUGGCAAAGAUACAAACUUUGGGUAAUGGUGAAUGGAGGAGUGUGGGCAAUGCACCCGUCUCAGUGCUUUAUGAGGAUAAUUGUUUUCUGAACGGCUCUAGUCACUGGCGAGGUGUCAAUUGUGUAUGGUCCUUUCAUUUUGGGAAAGAAGAGUUCUCUCAAAUCCCACUUCCUGAUGAUAUAAUCUCUUCUGCCCAUAAGAAGAAAAAACAAUUGAAUGCUUUUGGCACUUGCCUAUGUUUGGGCAUUUUCGACUCUUGCCUAUGUUUGAGCGGUUUCAUCGAGAGUGUUAGUGUCGGGGUCCACAUAUGGGUUAUGAAGGAGUACGGUGUGAAAGAGUCUUGGGUGAAGCAAAUUGCCGUAGUGAAUGAGAAUAUAUGGAGCGCGCCUCUGGUGCAGUUGGAUAUGGGAAAAGUGCUUGUAAGGGAAGGACAUGGAUUAUAUUUAUAUGAUCCGCGGACCAAGCUUUCUAAGAGCGUGAAAUUAGAGCGCAAUGAGCCUGAUUGUUGCUUCCCGACGGUGUUGGCUUCCGAUGUAAAGUUCUCAUGGUUUUAAAGAUUCAGCAACAGCUCAGCACCGUCGCUGCCGAAGCAGCAACGACUUCCUUUGGUUCUUCCAAAGGAAGCCAGUGUGAUAAAUAUGUAUGCGAAGU